AUGCCGCCUCUUUCUGUUAAUCUCAUCAUCAUCAUCUUCUUGUUCAUCGUCAGUAGUCCAACAUCACAUGGCGCCGACAAUGAAAAUUACACGACUUGCCACCAAAAAAAAUACGACUGCGGAGGGCAAAUAAAAGGAAUUGGAUAUCCCUUCUGGGGAGAAGAUCGACCUCCGUUCUGCGGCGUUCAAGGUUUUGAGCUCACGUGCUAUGGCAAUGAAAGCACAACCAUAGUUAUCCAAAACCAGACUUUUCAUGUUCUUCGUAUCAAUCAAUCUGCCAAUAACAUGACCAUUGCUCGAGCCGAUCUGUGGCAUAAUCUUUGCCCUGUGGAAUUCAGUGACACGACUUUGAAUUUCACUCUUUUUGAUUUCGGUCCACAUCCGCAUGUUCUAAAUCUUACUUUGCUCUAUGGUUGCGUCCCUAACGCAUCUUAUGAUCACAUAGAAGCACGGGGUCAUUUUCAAUGCCCCGAGGUAGCGGGGAACCAGAGUAGUAGUAAUAUUAAUUUCUUCGUAGAAGACCUAUAUGACUCGUAUAUUCCGGAAUGGGAAUGUAAGAGCAGAAUCAGGGUUCCAGUUUUCCAAGAGGGUCUUUAUGCAUUUUGGGGGGAUGACCACAUGACUGUGGAAGAAUUGGUGAAGCAGGGAUUUGAGGCUGAUUAUCAUGAAACGGACAAAUUCCUGGCCUGCGACUCGUGCAAUUACUCUGGAGGGGAAUGUGGGACUGACACUACUACAAAUCAAGUAAUUUGCUUUUGCCACAAUGGACCUCAAUCGUACAUGUGCCCAGGGCCAGGUGUGUAUCUGCUUUUCUUUCCCCAACUUUUCCAUUGA